AAGAGACACGGGCGCCUGUCAUCCGUUAACCGCCCGAGCAUCUCUAGCUCCAAACGCAGUUUCUAACCAGAACAGUCAUUUUACUCAUCGUUUAAGUGGUAUACAAUACCAGAAGGCUUCUUUCCUGUCACAUCGACCGAUAUUGUAAAACUUUAAAUGCUCUUCUUAUGGCUGUCUGAAAGCUUCUUGCGGCAGUUAUAACUGCUAACUGAAGCUUAUAUGAACAUCUUUGUCUGACAUCUCUCGGAGUCAUCUCUCUUUAAAAAAAUUCUCGGGGAUUGUGAGACUUCCAUGUCGGCGAUGUUGUUUUCCAUCUUAAUCGAUACCUGAGACCAGGGGUCAAGAGUUAAGAAUUUGUAGCCUAUUUGGUGUGGAUCAUUUGAAGAUCAUUAAAACAGAUUAAACUUUUAUCACAUAUGACACGGAUUAUUAAAGAUGAGACGCUUAUUUUGACUAUCACAGUGGGAUAAAGUACAGCGCAUCAUCACCGCACCUUCAGGAUGUUCCGGCGAGGCUGUGGUCUGGAGUUUCUCCUGGUGCUGUGUGGUUUAGAGUUGACCCAGGCGUGUCCCCGUCACUGCAUCUGCUACGACUCUCCCAGCACAGUGAGCUGCCAGGCUCACAACUUCCUGGUGGUUCCAGAGGGAAUCCCGGCCCAGAGCGAGCGAGUCUUUCUGCAAAACAACAAAAUCCAGCGACUGCUGCAGGGCCAUUUCAGCCCCACCACCGUCAUGCUUUGGCUCUACUCCAACAAUAUCUCAUACAUCCAGCCCUCCACAUUCAUGGGCUUCACCCGCCUGGAGGAGCUCGAUCUGGGGGACAACAAACACCUCCGCUCUCUGGCUUCUGACACUUUUCAGGGCCUGACCCGACUCCAUGCUCUGCACCUCUACCACUGUGGCCUAAUCACUCUGCCCGCUGGCUUAUUUGAGGGGCUGCACAACCUGCAGUACCUCUAUUUACAGAACAACCAGCUGGAGUUUCUUGAGGAUGACAUGUUCAUUGAUCUUCUGAAUCUGAGCCAUUUAUUUCUGCAUGGAAAUCGGUUGUGGAGCCUCCACCAGAACACUUUCCGUGGCCUGGGGGCCCUCGAUCGCUUGCUGCUCCAUCAAAACCGGCUCCAGUGGGUUCACAAACAGGCUUUCCACGACCUUCGCCGCCUGACGACGCUCUACCUGUUUAACAACUCCUUACCUGAACUUCCCGCCGAAAGCUUGUCUCAGCUGCCAGCGCUGGAAUACCUGCGGCUCAACGACAACCCUUGGGAGUGCGACUGCAAGGCCGUGCCACUCUGGGAUUGGCUGCGGCGUUUCCGUGGCUCCACCUCCUCGUUAAUAUGUGCGGCUCCACCGGAGCUGGCGGGAAAGGAUCUGAAACGGUUGACCAAAGAAGAGCUGCCCUCCUGUACAGGCUCGGAGUCGCUCCACCAGAGCAAAUCCAGCCAGGGGGACGUGGGGGUGUCGCUGAAGAAAGACCAUCAUCAUCGAUCGCGGAAUCAUCAUCAUCAUCAUCCUCACCUGCCACAUCAGGAUCAAUACUACCCCACCUCCCCAUCGCCGCUUCCUCGACCGCCCAAGUUGGGACGCAACAGGAACUGCACGAGGCAUCGAAGCCGCAAGGGCAAUGCUCAGAACGAGGUGUAUAACCUAAAGGAGUUAGCCAAUAAGGAAUCGGACGACAAAUAUGACCCGUCAAAACCGAGACGAAAGAACAAAUGCAUCCCACGGACUUCGGUGGGUCCCCCUAGUGGUGUGCAAAGAGCGAACAGCAGGGCGGCGUCCGUCUUGGCACCUUGUUUCAUCAUCCCUCUUUGCUUAUUGGUGUGUCUCACUGCCCUUAUUUUCCGCUGAGCCUUGUGGAAGCGUCUACUAAUGGUUUUUACCGAACAAACUCAGCCCUCUGUCUACUCUGGCUCCUACACUUCAGUGUGCGAAUGUGUGUGUGUGUGUGCGUUUGUGUGUACAUGUGAGCCCCUUUCGAGGGACAGAGGACUUGUGCGAAGUUGCAGGCCUGGAAUUAAACCCGAGAUUGGAAGAAACUCUGGGAUUUGUGGGCGAGAGAUGGGACACUAAAUGGACUACUCCUCGAUCAUCACCAUUUCCUGUUGCUCCAGGGCAUAUUCAAUAACAAAAAAAAAAACCCAACUGCAUUUGUUAACUACAUUCAGUUGUACAUCACACCUCUGCAGAAUAAUUAGCAGCUCAUUGUGGUCAAGCUCAUUGCCAUUAAAACCUCCGUAUCCCUGUCCUGACCUUCGACCUGCACACAGGCUGCGGCCCAGCGGGGGGGAAGAGUGUGAACGAAAUACAUAAACCAAGCAUUUACACAAAUAUACACAGGGGCUAACCCGUUAGCAUCUCAGCGGUUUCUGUGGGAGGGUUGUUGUUAACACCUUUAGCACCUGACAACAUAAAAAUGAAAGCCAAGCACACAAGAGAGUGAUUGGGUUAGUUCUGAGAUUAUUUUUUUUUUAACAUAUAAAAAAAUAUAAUUGCAGUUGCAAUAUUCACACAUUAAAGCUGGUUCACACAGCCCCAACAAAUGCUAACAGGGUUGAUCCAACAAAACCAAAAGUUGCUGUUUGCUGUCGCAGUGUGAAUUAGAGCUCAAAUUAUACUGUUCUAAAGCUGCUAUGCUGGCGAUGUCAGUAAAGAGAAAGUGGAGUUGAUGAAGGAUUAUGGGAUGGUUUUGGGUUUGUGCAUGUUGUUAUUCAUUGAUUGUGCCCUUAAGAUAGUAUUUUGCAUAUAAACCGGAAGGCAAAAGUUAUUAAGAUAUGAAAAGGUCAAGUGGAGCUCAUACAAAAAGCAUCAUGCAUUAUCUGUUGCUCAGCUGCAAUAAUGUGCUAACCUAGAAGGGAAACAACACCAACACUACAUUAAUAUCUGCUCAUGGCACAGUUUGGUAAAAUGAAACAGCAAAUUUCACAAAGGGAGAAAUAUAGCUGUUCAGUCACAGAUGUCAAGUCUAACCUGGAAGGGUAAUUUGCCAUAGGUUCCCUCAGGAAGUUUUUAGCGAUUAUUGAUUUAAACCACUAUGGAGAAAGAAAGAAACAUCUCAAACAGUUAUUCUUGACUUUAUAAAUAGCACUAAUGAAGUAAAGUUCAAACACUGUGCAUCUGUAUAUAUUAUACGUUUUUUAUACUACACAUCUGUCAUUAUUAUUAAAAAAUAAUAUAUACACACACACACACACACACACACACACACACGGAGAGUAUAUACCGUAUAUAUGCAGUUUGUAUGCGGUAACUGUAGUUUAGUUGAUUACAGUUUACAGAAAUGAAAUGUUAUAGUUUCACAUUAAAUCUAACAGACAGAAUUUAUUAUACCAAACUGGGGUUUGGGGCCCAGGGGGCCACAACUGUGUGCAAUCAAAGUUCUGAGAAGAAAAUUCAGAGAAAAAGUAAAGUAAAUAAAUAAAUAAGAUUAUUAAUAAAUAAAUAUGCUAUAAUGUAUAUGAAUUUUAAGAAUUAACAGAAAAUAAAUGCAUACAGGUUUUAAAUGACAUGAGGAGGACUAAACUUUAUUAAAGUACCAAACCAUUACGUUAAAAGACUUUUACAAUCUUUUACAAUAAUUUACAUAAUCACAACCACAUCAUGGAUUGUUUUAUCAAUACGUUGUAAAUAAGUUGAUAAACAAGGACUGCAACAACAGGUAUCUCAAGUGUGUGAUUGCGCAAUAGGUCAAACAACCUCUGUAGGCCUUAUGUAGCCACUUCUUAGCAGUUUUAAAUGUAUAUAAAAAUUUAUAGAACAAAAUGUGAACAAUAAUGUUAUCAACAGGCCUAAUUUUUUCCAAUAAAUCAGAAACUACUUUCUAAAAACCCAUUAGAAACUCCAGAGGGAACCCACUGCCCAAAAAUGCCAAUUCUCGUCCAGGUUUUUUGGAGUACAAAGUGAAAAGGAACAUAUAGAAAGUCAACAAGUUCUGAGGUAAUAAUCCUUGCAAGCCAUAGAAAAACUUGUCUGUCACUCACAAACUCUGACCCCUGCUGCUGUUGAGCCAUCAAAUACAUGUCUGUAUUGGGAUCCUAAAGCUGAGAGUUAUAUUGUCAAUGGAAAAAGUCACAGAGCCCCCUUCUGGACAGGUGGGGUAAUAGCACUCCCCCCACCUCUACCUUGUCCCUCCUCAAAGACUCUCUACCUUUAUACAAAAGUGAACUGAGAAUAUUAUGACAUGUCCAGUGUGAACAUUUAUUUGUUUGAGAAUAUAUGUCACUUAUUGACAAAAGACUAUGUGUAUGACAUUGUGGAGGAAAGGAGGAAGUUAUUUUGUAUUCAUGUACCUUUUCUUUGUACAUUGUCGUCAAACUGCAAUUUUGAACAUACAAGUGCACCAUACUAACACCUUCCUCGUAUUCCUCGGUCCGUCCUUCAUCUUUCUUCCUCCCUUUUUCAUAACUCAAACUUUCUGUCUGUUAUGAAAUACCACCAGACUCAAAAGCUGUUUCUAAAGAACAUUAAAGAGAAAUGUGGU